GCAUCAAAAGAUGGGGUUAAACAGUGACUUCUGUCAUCCACACUGAAAACCGAAAGUCAGAGCUACUGUUUCUCCAUAGAAAUUUCAAAACCAAGUUAUUGAUCUAUUGGGAAGCUCAAGAUAGCUAGGCGCAGUGCAGUGUAGUGAUGAGCAAAUCAAAACAAACAAACAAAACAAGACCCACCAUCACCUCCACUGUUUGCAGUACCAUUGUAUGUAUCGCUUCCACUUCAAACAAACUCCCAAACUCCUCUGCAAAUUUUCAUGUUCCUUUAUUUUAUUUGAAGAAGGAAGGAUUGAUGGCUCCUUCAAGAAGAGACCUAAAUGGGUUAAAGAUUGCAGUUAUUGUGAUGCUUUUCUUUUCUCUCGAAUUCUUUUCUUCUAAAUCAGCUGCGUCAAUGUUACCAAGAGACAUAGAGCGUCUGAAGCAAAUGAAAUUAGUUUUGGGUUCAAGGCCUCCUCGGUGUGUGAACAAGUGCUUGAGUUGCCGGCCCUGCACAGCUGCUUUAAUUGCAUCUCCACACCACAAGACUGAUUUCAAUGUAUCGUCUCAGCCAGAUGAGAACUAUUAUCUUCUCUCAUGGAAGUGCAAAUGUAAAGAUAAGUUUUUCCAACCUUGAAUUUUUAUAGGCUAAUCUGAGUCAUUCCUAUGUAUACUGUAGCUGGUACAGACUCCCCCUCCACUCUCUCAUUACUCUCUCUCUCUCUCUCUCUCUCGGCUCAGGGAUUUUAGUGCUAAUCUCUGUGAGAUUGUCUAUUAUAGCUCUUGGUAAUUAAGAAAAACAAUGUUUUGUAUUUUUUAAUUUGUUGGUUUCUUAAAGAGUGAAGUUGAUGGAA